UUUAUGUAGAGUGGGAGUAGUAUGCCUUAUGCAAUGUGGUUUUUGUAGAUCCUUUUUUAUUUCCAACUCCAUUGAGCAGGAAUUGAAUUAUGAACUCAUGACUCAGGUUGCUCCAUUCUACUCCAGAAUCUUCCGCAUUUUCUCCGCUCCAAAUUCUCCCAAAACCCUACGCAAUCCUUUCCCUCGCCCUUUCCUCAAGAAAGAUUCACAUCGGACUAUUGCCGUUCGCCUCCCCUUUCGGUCCCCCUCCGUCGUUGCGAGCCCACGCCACAGAGUAAGCGGCGGAAGCACCGUCGCAGCUGGAUUUGCGAGGAUGUCGAGCUCCGCCGCCGAUACUGUGGCGUUUCAGCUGUCGCCGUCGAGUGUUCUGAAGAUUCAGAAGGGGGACAUUACUCGGUGGUCCGUCGAUGGCUCCUCCGAUGCUAUUGUCAAUCCAGCAAAUGAACAGAUGCUUGGAGGUGGAGGUGCUGAUGGAGCCAUACAUCGAGCUGCUGGUCCAGAACUACGGGAAGCAUGCUAUGAGGUCCCAGAAGUGAGGCCUGGAGUUCGUUGCCCCACAGGAGAAGCAAGGAUUACCCCGGGCUUUCGUUUGCCAGCUUCUCAUGUUAUUCAUACCGUUGGACCAAUUUAUUAUAAAAAUAAGAACCCUGAAGCUGCUUUGAGAAAUGCGUACAGAAACAGUCUACGUGUGGCAAAAGAGCACAGCAUUCAAUACAUUGCAUUCACAGCUAUAUCCUGCGGGGUCUACAGCUAUCCUUUUGAUGAGGCUGCCAAAGUGGCCAUAUCUACGGUAAAUGCAUUUGCUGGUGACUUUAAGGAGGUGUAUUUCGUUCUCUUCUCAGACGAGAUCUAUGAUGCUUGGGUGAAAGCCGCCAAUCAAUUGCUUAAAAAAUGAUGGGUCCGCCAUCGAAAGUCAUGAGAUUCUUGUUCUUGAAGUUACUGGAAAUUAUUAUAAAAAAAAUACUCUCAUAUCCACGAAUAUUCUCCUGUCAAACACAUCCUUUGGAAACAUGGUAAUUUAGUGAUAUUGUAUGUAGUGCAAUUAAUGUGUCCAAUAUGAAUUUGUGGUUUUUCUCCUAUGGAGAUUAGUUAGUGACCAAGUUGAGAUUUUGAUGGUGUAGUUACAGAUGCUACAACAACUACUGCUGCUGGUACAAUUACAAACCUAGCAAAAUUUACCACAA